UGCCCUGGACUGGUCCGUCUUUGACAAGGACCACGACCUCUUCCCGCGGGGCGGCUCCUCGCACUUCGAGUUCCCGGACUAUUGCACGCCCGAGGUGACGGAGAUGAUCGCGGGGGACUGGCUCAUGUCCAGCAUCUCGGACUUGGUCUUUACCUACUGA